GUGCCCGUAUGCGUGCACGCGACAGCAGUUUGUCCUGGUGGGCUUCUCCUCCGUCUCCAUCAAGGUUUGACAGGGACAGACGGACUGAUACGUGAAAGAGAACCGGUCGCCAAGCCUCUUUGUUUAUACUUAUGAAGAUAUCGAUCGAUAUUGAUCGAUAGGGCGGGCGAUUGGAGGCGCUGGUUCAGUGCACGCGACCAUGGCAUCAGAUAUCACUCCCGAGGCGGUGGGCUUCCUGUCAGCCGUGGGCAUCUUUGUCAUUUUACUGGCCAUACUCUUCCUCUUUAUCAGUAAGAAGCUGUGUUUCGCUCGUGUCGGAGGUCUGCCAUGCCUUGAGCAGUACAGUCGGCGCAAACGAAGAGACCGCGCUGGGAUUCACCAGGGACUCGUGAAUACUUAUGGUGAUGAUGGAGAGAUUUCCAGCUCAUCAGACAGUGAUGAUGAGUUAGCAAAGCAGUUUGAGAUCUCAGUUUCCCGCUCACAAAGCUUCCGGUUGGGUGUCACGGAGCUCAACACCCAGAAUGCACCAGGGAAACAUCACAAAUUUAAACGGCUGCCGUCUGACCAGGAAGAAGGAAGCACGGAGCCAUCUGACUGUGAAGAAGCUGAAAGAAACAGUGUGCAGAGUUUUGAAGAUCCCCUGUCAUCCAGGCGACGUGUGAGGUCUAAGCCGAGAGACCCGUUAUCACAGAGUCCCCUUCCUGAGGGCCGGACCUUCACAGACCCCCUCUCUCUGAUGGCGGA